CGGUGUCACAGCUGUGAGCCUGGUCACAUGACUGUGUGACGUCACGGCGGUCUCGGCAGAAUAGGAAGUGGCUGCUGCCUGGCUAGCGGCGGCUGAUGUGGCAGGAUGAUCGGGGACCUGCUGCUAUUCGGAACACUGCUGGUGAAUGCAGGAGCAGUUUUGAACUUCAAACUGAAGAAGAGAGAGUCCCAAGGAUUUGGAGAUGAUCCUGCUGAGGCCACUACAGGUGACAAUAUUCGGGAGUUUCUGCUCAGCCUUCGGUACUUCAGGAUUUUUAUCGCUCUGUGGAACAUUUUUAUGAUGUUUUGUAUGAUUGUGUUAUUUGGUUCAUGAAUACUUGGUGGACCCCAUGAAUAAUUCUCUUUUGGCUUUGCUGACUUUCUAAACCACAGACUUCUCCGACUACACUCUGUGAUUCCAGUUCCUUAUUUCUAUAGUGAACACACAGGCCUAAUUAUUUCCAGAUACUGGCAAUCUUGUAUAUAAAGCACUAUCUAUUUUGUGGCUUGCACAAUUCUCUAGCUUCAGAAAGGUUCCUACAUAUGCCUUCCGAAUAAGAACAGGAAUGUUACAUAGAAUUGUAGAAAUGUGAAAUUAUUUUUACACUAAACAACAAACUUAAAUAUGCCCUGCUUCUCUCAGUGAUAAACAUUUUCCAUAUGUUAGCACUAAAUCGUACUGUUAGUAGGGUAUGGUUUGUCCUUCAAAGACUGGGAACACAAAACAAAACAAAUUUUCUUAUGCCAACAUGUCUUGGAGUAAAAUCUGUGUAUGUGUGUGUGAUGCACCUGUAAAGCACAUUGGUAAACAAAGUUUACUUGUAUUUUCUCUGCCUGAUUUUAUUUCUUGUGAAUUUAAUACCCAUCUAAUGAUGCGGUAACUGUCCCCAUAUCUUAGUGUCUUAGUACAUAGCAAGCGGAAUUCAAACACAAGAAACCAUUUAGAUAAAUUGAGCUGCCAUCUUUCUUUAGGUUACAAGGGUAGCUUUAAGCAACUAUUUGACAUAUGUUUACAUUUAUAAACAUGCCCGGGUGAAUUGCACGUCUCCUCCUGUCUUCCAGGGGGUACGUUUUUGUGCACAAAGGGCUCCCACCAUCAACAAACUACUUCUAAUACGGGAAUAUAAGUACUGCUUUUCCUAUCCUUCUCUUAUUCGCAGUACUGUUAUCUGCAAUUGCAUGAUUAAACCCCCACCCCAUGCACUGCAACAGGGGGGAAGCAAAUACCCAAAUGUAUACUAAUUGUCCCUUUACACUGAACUCAUUCCCAUAUACAAUUUUGGACUACUAGUCAGAUACUUACAAACAUACUAGAUGGUUCGUAGUGUGUCUUUUUAAUAGUAGUGCUAUUUUGUUCAUCCCAUUAACCAACAAAUAUGUCAUCUUAGAUUACACAUUUGCCCUCACUACACAUUACUUACUGGUAAUUAUCUCACAAAUUCAUAUCCAACUUUUAUAUGUUUUAUCUGUAGCUCAAUUUCUAAAUAUACUCCUUAUCCUCUUAGAUGAUUUUCAUAUUCUAGGGUUAAUCAAUUAAGGAGUGUUCUACACAGAAAUAUUCACAGAGAACCUGCUUUCUCUGUGACUUAUUGAUAAUAUGUUAUUGUUCAUGUUUAUUACUGCUCUAUUAUUUAUUUUCAAUUCUAAGGAAGUAAUAAAAGUUGCAUUUUAAUUGAUACCUCCUAAUACACGAAGAGUAUUCCCAUCCCAUGAAGUAGUUUUUUUUUCAUCUAUACACUUUAAUAUGUUCAAUAUACACUGUGAAUGUUUUACUAGACUGUGGAUGUUUUGCAUUGCGUCUAUUUUAUAUAUGGAUGCUGCACACCUGCAAAUGUUAACAUUCUCCUUGUCCCUGAAUUGGUGGGUCAGUUGUUUCAACUUUAAAUUCAUAAUAAUUUGGAUAUUCAUUUAUUAAUACACUGAUGACCAGAACAUUUAUUUAAAAUAAAUAAUUUAAAAAAGGGUAUAAUUCCCCAUGUUCAAAAAGAAAGGGAGGUAAAGACAAAGAUGGUAAUUCAGUGGACAUCACUCCACAUGUACAAUGGCCUAAUAUUACUCAAUGGGUAUUAAAAUUGUUGGUAUACAUUAGUUUUCUCAAUGUGUCACUGUAAGAUUAAAACACAAGAUGGAUAGCUUUAAUAAAUGGAUGAUAUAUGAAAAA